GUGAGUGUGCUGACCACCCUGGAGCGGCGGUUCAACCUGCAAAGUGCUGAUGUAGGAGUGAUAGCCAGCAGCUUUGAGAUAGGCAACCUGGCUCUGAUCCUGUUUGUCAGCUACUUUGGGGCCAAAGCACAUCGACCCCGUCUGAUCGGCUGUGGGGGAAUUGUCAUGGCGCUUGGCGCCCUUCUCUCAGCUCUGCCUGAGUUUCUAACUAAUCAGUAUGAGAUAGGGGAAACGGGGAGGACUGACAUGGGUCGGGAUGUUUGCACCAACACCAGCAGCAGGGAAGCCCAGGAAGCUGAGAACAGAGUGUGCGCCAACAAGGCGAACACCAACAUGAUGUAUCUGCUGCUGAUUGGAGCCCAGGUCCUGCUGGGGAUCGGAGCCACACCGGUGCAGCCCCUGGGGGUGUCCUAUAUUGAUGAUCACGUGAAGAAGAAAGACUCUUCACUGUAUAUAGGAAUCCUCUUUUCCACUCUGGUGUUUGGACCAGCUUGUGGCUUCAUCCUCGGUUCCGUCUGCACUAAGUUCUACGUGGACGCUGUCUUCAUCGACACCAGUAAGCUAGACAUCACUCCAGACGACCCGCGGUGGAUCGGGGCCUGGUGGGCAGGCUUCCUCCUGUGCGGUGCCUUACUCUUCUGCUCGGCCCUCUUUAUGUUUGGCUUCCCUCAGUCACUGCCGACCAAGGAGAGAGAGGAGGAGGCAGACAGUGAGCAGGUUAUGCUUCCUCCCUCUCUGAAUUCAGACUAUGAGACUCCUAAGUCCAGUAAUGGGGUUGUACGCAACCACGAGCCUGCCAACAGCCCCACCUGCUGUCAGCAACUCAGGGUGAUCCCCAAGGUGACCAAGCACCUUCUGUCGAACCCAGUGUUCACCUGCAUCAUCCUGGCAGCCUGUAUGGAAAUUGCAGUCGUGGCUGGCUUUGCAGCCUUUCUGGGAAAAUACCUCGAGCAGCAGUUCAACCUCACCACCACCUCAGCAAACCAGCUGCUAGGAAUGACCGCCAUUCCAUGUGCGUGUCUGGGGAUCUUCAUGGGCGGUCUGCUGGUGAAGAAGCUGAACUUGUCGGCGCUGGGAGCCAUCCGCAUGUCCAUGCUGGUCAACCUGAUCUCCACCGCCUGCUACGUGUCCUUCCUGUUCCUGGGCUGUGACACCGGCCCUGUCGCAGGAGUGACAGUCACAUAUGGCAACAGGACUCUGCGGGUCGGCGAGAAACCAGACGCUCAGUGCCUCAGUCACUGCAACUGCUUCACCUCCUCCAUCAGUCCCGUGUGCGGCUCCAACGGCAUCACCUACUUGUCCGCCUGCUUCGCCGGCUGCAACCGAUCGGCAAGCACUCAGGCCACAUCAAACAUCUCUCAGAACCUGACUGGAUGCAGUUGUAUAUCUGCUGACCCUCAAUCCGCCACAGCGGUUCCAGGGAAAUGUCCGACGCCGGGCUGCCAGGAGGCUUUCCUCACCUUCCUGUGUGUGAUCUGCGCCUGCAGCCUGGUCGGAGCCAUGGCACAGACUCCUUCUGUUAUCAUCCUAAUCAGGACUGUGAGCCCUGAACUGAAGUCAUACGCACUCGGAGUGUUGUUUCUUUUGUUACGACUCCUCGGAUUCAUCCCCCCUCCUCUGAUCUUUGGUGCUGGGAUCGACUCGACUUGCCUUUUCUGGAGUUCGGACUGUGGCGAUAAGGGUGCUUGCCUGCUAUACGACAAUGUAGCUUACAGGCAUCUGUAUGUAGGCCUUGCCAUCAUUCUCAAGGGUGUCGCCUUCCUCCUCUACGCCACCACAUGGUAUUGCUUACGCAGGAACUACAAGAAGUACAUCAAAGGUCAUGAAGGCUACAUGACACCAGCUGAGUUUUACCCCUCUCUCACAGACGGACCCAAACAAGUUGACAGGACAAAGUUUAUAUAUAACCUAGAGGACCACGAGGUUUGUGAAAAUAUGGAGUCAGUUUUAUAGUUUGUUACGCAAGAAAUGGACAAUGUGGACGUCCAUAUUCUCUCAGAGGACUAUUUUAUGAUUUUAUUCUUAUUUUCUUGAAAGGAUAAAAUAAAAUGUUUUGAUAAAGGCAAUCUAUUUAACAGCCUGUUCAGGUCACAGGAGAUGUGGCUCUCCACUGCCCUCCAACGUCCUCGGUCAGCUAUCGAAAGGGUCCAUUUUAGUCGUUUACGUAUCAGCGAGGUGUUGUCCAGUGUUGCCGGUGAAUUCCUGUGUUGAGUUGGUGGUAGAAGACGACUACAGUACUGUCUGGCUCAGUCCUAGUUGAUUAUUAGUGAGUGGACAUGAUGCUACUA